GCGUUUGUAUUUGUUAGCCUGGAAAUAACAAAACAAGUGAUGAAAAUAAUAAACAAUAAAUAAAAUAGAAAAGAAGUUGGAAACGAAGCUCGGAGCUCCACAUGUUACAAUCUCCCCUUCAUGGCUGCAGCACCACCACCGCCGCCGCCACUUUCUCUCUCAUCACCGUCUCCCUCUCCUCCGGCCAUUCCUUCAUCUCUCUUCUUCCCCUCUCAUCACUCCAACUCGGAAAUCCCAGUCUUGUCCUCAUCAUUUAUUUCAAAAUUUUCAGAAUUGAGCCAAUUCCAUCAUCACCCCACCAUUUCAACCAACCCCAUUUUUCUCUUCACCGGAAUCGACUCACCGCCUAUAGUUGACACGCAAACUUUCUUGGUCACUGUUAGUGUUUUGGUCGCCAUUUCUCUCUCCCUUGUUCUUGGUCUCAAGGGAGAUCCUGUACCCUGUGAGAGAUGUGCUGGAAAUGGUGGAACAAAAUGUGUGUUCUGCAACGAUGGUAAGAUGAAGGUAGAAACAGGGCUUGUAGAUUGUAAAGUGUGCAAGGGUGCAGGUAUGUACCUCUCACCAUUAAUUAAUGCAUGCUUCUGCUGUUAUCUGCUUGCUUAUGUUGCUCGUUUCGUUCAUUCUUCUUGAGAUGGUUGCUGCAUUCCUUGAGCUUGAAGAUCGAUUUAGGCUCCUUUGUUUUGUCAAUGCAAGAAAAACCCCCCACUAUUUUCUACCUCUGAUUUCCUGUUUUUCUGCUGAAAUCUUAUGACAGGAUUGAUACUCUGCAAGAAGUGUGGAGGGUCGGGGUAUUCAAAGCGCCUAUAACGCGUUGUUAGAGUUCCUUAUUUGACACUUAAACUGUAAGACAAUUUCUCCAUUGUUAAUUCAUUUGUUUGGAGUUGUUUCUUUUUUGGUAUUUUGUGGCCCGAUUUUUAGCCUGAAGACGGCUUCUCGUACCACACGAGUUGCUCUGCUAUCAUCCAUGCACGUCACGUGGGUUGCGUGACAUCGUAUAUAUGUGUGUAUGUGUAGCAUUUGGAACAUUAGACAACACAAAAUGGGAAUCCCUAACUACUCCUAUAAAAUGUAGGGGAAUUGUUCAUGAUAUGUGACAAAAUAGAAACCUAACUUGAUCAGAGUUGGUUGAAAGAUUUUGUCCUACACAAUGCAAUGGUUGUCCCUUUUCUUUUUUUAAUAAAUUUAUUUAUCAUGUUUGCCUUGUUCUA